CUGUGUCUUCCCAAUGUCCCGGACGGCCCCGGUGGGCCCGACCUGUCAUAGUCACUCCCCAUCCCCCUCUCUGCUCCACGCCUCCACUCCGUCUCCUCGCUGCCUCCGCCGCCGCCAUUGCCUCCGUCUCCAGCGAGCCUUCCACCCUGCCCUACCCAACGCGCGAUACCCACCACUCGCCGACAUCCGGAGUCCGCUCUGCCCGGGUUCCCCCCUCCGUGCGCGACACCGAUUCCCGCCGGAGCGGGGAAGCCAUGGCCGCGGCCACGGCGCGCGCACCCGCCGCCGACAAGAGGUGGGGGUUUGCUGCUGCGGCCGCGCCGUCGAGGACGCCCGCCGUUGGGGUUCCGGGAACGGCCCCGAAACCCAGCAACAUGUCAGCCCAAAGGGACGCUUUCCCAUGGGGCAAUAGACCAAUUCCCCCAGCACCAAAUGCAUGGGUUUCAUCGUCGCUCCUAUCUCUCAAGAAUGAUGGAGGUUCUGGUUCGUUUGGGAACAUCAAUGAUCGCCCUUCUACUGGAGGAAGCUCGAGGACAUCUUCAGAUGGAAGUGACUUGCUCGACUCACCUCUUGCUCGGGGUGGAAAUUCGCAUAAUUCUACAACUGCGAUAAGUCAUCCUCAAAUCACAGACUUAAAAUCAGGAAGCUCGCAAUUUCCACGUUCUCAAACUUCUUUCUCGGAUGUUCUCAAAGCCCCAUUAAGAACUAUUGCCAAAAUGAGACCUACAUCACACGGAAAGGGGUUUACCCUAAGUGCAGAUGAUUUCCCAGUACUUGUUUCCAAGAACUCUCAAUCAAACAGUCAACAAGGCCAUAGUUUUCAAGGGCGACCAACUUUUAGUUCUGUUACUAUGGCAGCCCGAGAUGAACAAAGAAAGAUCCUGACAACUGGAGGGGAUCCUGUUUCUGCCACGAACUUCUCUAUGGAAGCACAACCGGUUCAACUACAUGCUACACAGACUCCUGAUAUAUGUAUGCCUCCUCCAUGUAUUGAUUACUGGCAUCCUCCUCCUGAUCACCCCCCUGACAGAAAUGAGAUUUGGCAUGGAGGAAUGGCAUCAUAUGGUCCGUGCAAGCCAGCAGACACACCUGGCAGCUUCCCGGUUGAAUCUUUUUCCCACAAUGAUCAGUUCCUUCUCAACCAGCGGGGAGAAGCAAGGCAUGGUACAGUACCUGGUGGUUAUCACCCAAAAAACAAAGAAUCGUGCUGUGCUCAUGUGCCUGCUGAUGCUUGUAUAAAUGAUCUACCUCAUCUCAUGCUUGGAAAGGUCAAACAUAACCAUUCAGAUGCCCUUGAGAAGAAAGUCAUCAAGAAGGAUGUGGCACUGCUAGAGAAAAUAAAGUGUCUAAAUAUUAAAGCUAGAAAUCGUCUUGCCGGUAACAUAUCAGAAAUAUCUUCGCGCAGUGAAUCCAAGGUUGAACACCCAGAAACCAUUGAUCUAGAAGCAUAUCAUGUGACAAAUGAUGUUCCCUUCAGCGUUGUCAUCAGUGAUAUCACUUCUGCCUUUGACAUGGCCAAUUCUGUUUCUGAAAGUAUUAAUCUUGUACCAAUUGGUACAUCAAAUGUGUCUGCUUCUGCUAAUCUUGUAAUGGUUGAUCUGUCAGGACACGUUACUAAAUUCAGUGAAGGUAGAAAGCUAGGUGGAUCUGCUGAUAAUCAUGUAUAUGGAGUAGGGAAUACUUCAAGAAACAAGCACCGUAGCUCUGUUACGGACACUGCAUCUGAUAUUUGGGGUCCUGGAUGGGAAGAGCACUCUACAGUUGACUCUUUGCCAGUUGCUAUGACAAAUACUCAUGAAGUUCAACCAUUUGCUGGCAACAGCUCACAGCAGGUGCAUGUGAGAACUGGUGAUGAUAUGCUAAACUCUCCUGAUUAUGAAAUCCAGCUUUCAAGGAGAGAAUUGUCUGCCCAACAUGCAAGACAACUACAGAAAGAGGAGAUGGGGAAACUUCAACAAAAUGUAACAGCUCUUGAAAAUCUGGAAGAAUUGAACAGAAGUUCAUUUGUACAGAAUCUGAAGUUGAAUAAUGUGCCGUUAGAAGCAGACAAAAUUCUUUGUAAACAAAGUGCUGGAGGCGAUGGAACUACUAAUCAUGAUACUUCAACAUCAGAUACAUGUUGUACUGCAUAUGCUGAGAAUCUUAAUGUGCCCCUAAGAGCAAAUGGCACGAAGAAUACUACAGUUCCUAUCAGCUCUACUCCACCACCAGGCACUGCAGGUGUUAACAGAGGUCCUUUGACUCACAAUUUAGUGCCUUCAGCCAAGAAAACUGACAUUAACAUGCUAGAACACUCUGCCCAGAAAAGGGGAGCACAGCCACGUGACGGCAGUGCUCCAAAUCAUUUGCAGGUGGGUGAUAGCAAAGGACUAGUUCAUAGACAUGAGAGUAUUUCAAGGGUCUCCACUCCAGCAUCAAACACUGCAGAUGCUAACAAUGGCCCUCUGAUCCAAAAUGCCAUUCCUUCAGCCAAGAGCACUGCCAUCAACAUGAUUCACAUUGACCAGAAAAGUGCAUCAGAGUCACAUGACAGCACUGCUCCAAUGCUUUUGCAGAUGAAGGAUAAGAGAAGACAAGUUCAUUCACUGGAAAAAAUUUUAAGGGGCCUUCCAGCAUCAGAAUCUGCAGGUGGCAACAAAGGCUCUCUGAUUCACAAUGUCCUGCCUUCUGCAAAGAACAAUGGCAUCAACAUGAUGGAAUAUAUUGCCUGGAAAAGUGCAUCACAGUCACAUGAGAACAGUGCACCAAAGCAUUUGCAGAUAGAGAAUAGGAGAAGGCAAGUUCUUUCACAGGAGAGAGUUCUAAGGGAGAGGUCAAACAUUGCUGAAAGUACAGAAAAUAUUACAACUGUCACUGGGACUCUUGUGGACACACAAAAUGCUGAAGCUAAACCUCGUGUGGACCUCUCAACCCAAAGCAAGAAUAGGAGACUUGCUUCACCAUAUGUGUUCGGUAAUGAGAAUAAAGAAGCCUCAAAUGUGCAUAAAACCCAUAUAACAGGUGUUGUUAUCAACAGUGCUAUAAUCCCUGUGCAGGUUUCUUCUGUUAGAGGUUUUACUGUGGGGAGUAUAAUGCUUGGGGAUGCUUCACUUGGAUCUGUGAAUCAGGAGAAAACAGUGGCCAAGGAAGUUCAUGAUGAUGUAACAAAUGGGUGUGCAAGUCCUAAGCAGACAAAACAAUCAGGAAUGAAUCAGCAUGGUGUACAGCGUGUCAAGUCUGAGGCUGGUGGGCUGAACUGUAUGGCAAUACUUGCUCCCACCCAGCCAUCUAUGAAUGAAAGCAUAGUUCCGCAGAAUCUGGCACAAGUAAAAACAAGUGUAAUGGAGAGGCAUGCACAUACGCCUGCAUGCAAAGAGCUGGGCCUGCAGAAUCCGAAGCAAAUGCCACCGGCAGAGAACCACAUAUCUUCUGAUAAUUCAUCAACAUCCAAAUUGGAUACUAAGACUCCUGAUAAGGAGGCACUCGGUGCUCCCACUGCUACAAAAGCUGAGGCUAAAACAGAACCUGAGAACCGGGAGGAUGAGAAAACUAGCAAACAUCUAGGGAGGAGCAGUGCCGCUUCAAACCAAGGAAGCACGAACAGUUCAUUCUCAGCAGCACCAGACCUUAAUGAACAGAAAGCCAACUCGUUUGUAUUAAAAAUCAUGCAGGAGUUAUCUGAUCAGUUGGAGCAAGUAGAGAAACAGAUCGAAUCCAGCACCCAUGUUGCUACUGUGAACUGUUCACAGCCAACUCAAAUGGUUUCCCUGCCUGGUUAUAAUUGGGGAGAACAUCACGCUAGUCCCGGUCAAAGGCAGUACCAUGUCGAUGGCCAAGGAAACAUGUGGAUCAACUAUGCCAUGAACAGCCACAUGGACAGGACAGUCAUGACACAGGGAGCAACUCUGCUUACCGGUCAUCUGUUGCCUGGACCCAUCUCCGUUCCUGUUCCUCAGAACAACGUGCCGGGCAUCAACGGUGCUACAGGAUGGAUGUGGGACACCUCCGAAGGUGUACUGAUAUCUGACACGAGUGAAGUCCCGGGUCUCGGUACUGCAAUUACCGCUGGAAGCUUCACCAAACCUACUCAGAAUGUGUACAGGUUCGGCCACGGCAUGGUAGGAGGCAUGGCUUACGGAGCUGCCGUUGGUACUGUGAGCUCCGAGGUCUGGUACCAGCCAGGUCCGGAACUUGAGCAGCUGAACCCGGCAUGGUUCCCCCAUGACGGCAUGCACCACCAUGGUGGCACCAGCGUGUACAUGCUGGGGAUGGACCAUGGCGCUGGGGCGCAAACACACGGUGGCGGCGCUACUCGAUACGUGGCUGGUGCCGGACCAUUAACGGUAGGUGCUGGGGGUCCUGACUGCCAGCUGGUGCCAGUUGCGCCUCCUGUUGCCGCCUGGACCAGUACUGGGGGCACCAUGGCGAGCGCAGGGUGUCCGGCUGAGGCUUGGGAUGCGGCGUACGGCGGCAAGCACGUGUACUACGUCUGAUGGCCUGAUGACUAGCAAUUAGCUAGCAGCGCUUGGAGCAUUGUCUCUCAUGAGUUAGCUGCUCUUGUUGCUAUGCUUGCUUGGUUCACAACUCUGCCUGCCUAUACUUGGCGUCUGUGCUGCUUGGAAUCGUUGUCUUUCAAGUUUCAUUUAGUCUUGUAAUGAGAUUGCUCCGUGGCGCCCUUGCAGUGGCUUUUUGCGACUUGUUUUUUGUCACCUUGCAUCACUGACAUGUGAUGAGCAUAUUAUAUAUAUGGGCACCUGAAUGUUUUGGAGCAUUUGCAUGAUGUAUAUGAUUUGGAGAUGGAGCAUCUGCAAUUCUGCAUGCA